AACUGACCGCCAGCCAGUGUGGAUCAUACCGGGGAGCAGUACACAACCUGUUUAGGAAGAGGCGCAUAUGUUUGGAAACUUGGAAACUUUUUGCAUGAGAUAACAGAGUUGACGCGUAAAAUAAUGGAAUCGCUGAAAGAUGUUUGCAUCGAAAGGGCACCUCAUCGAUUAGAAGCUGCGUAUGGAGAGAUAUUCACCAAAGGUGCCUUACAGUUUCUACAGGAUCUGUUCACCGAAUUUGAUAGCGAGGUUGAAAAGCUUUUGAGACGGAGAUUGGAACGACAGCUGUAUAUCAAACAGGGUAAAUGGAAGCCAGAAUUUAGGAACAACAGCGAAGAGCUGGAUUGGAAAAUUAACGAUCUACCAGCGAGACUGAGGAACCGAAAAUUGGAUCUAGGAGAUGUUAGUCCAGCGAACACGACUAAUUUCAUCGACAGCUUGUAUGCGAAAGUGCAGGGCAUUCAAGUGGACUUUGACGAUGGUCAUUGCCCAACGUGGAGGAACACGGUACAAGGAUUAUAUAAUGUGACCAAAGCGGUGCACGCUGGACUGCCAGGAGCUCCAGCCAACAUUCAAGAUUGUCCAAUUUUGAUGCUUAGACCGAGGGCUUUCAACAUGAUUGAACAUCACUGUAUGAUCAACGGAAAGCAGGUGGUGGGACCUCUGUUUGAUUUUGCCAUCCUGAUGUACCACAAUGCCAAUUUGAUGGCGGACUUAGGCGUGGGACCUUAUUUUUAUCUGUCGAAGAUCGAAGGCCCAAAUGAAACGCAACUGUGGAAUAAAAUCUUCACCUGGACCGAGCAUCGACUGAACCUGCGAAGCGGUACCAUCAAGGCCUGCGUCCUGAUCGAGAACAUUCUUGCCGCGUAUCGCAUGGAAGACAUACUCCACUCUAUAAAGGAGCACGCCAUUGGACUGAACUGUGGCAUUUGGGAUUACUCGGCGAGUAUCAUUGCCAAGUUUGGCGACAGGCCGGAUUUUAUGAUUCCCGAUCGUAACAAGUAUGUUAACAUGGGGCAACCUUUUUUGAAAAACUAUAUGACCCUGUUGAUACACAUUUGUCACAAACGUGGGGCACUGGCGACUGGAGGAAUGGCGGCUAAAAUAUUACCCAGUGGGAAGGGAUCAAACAAUGUAAUUGACGAAAUUGUGAAUGGUGUUAAAGCGGCUAAAUCUGUAGAGAUUGCAGCCGGUGUUGACGGAUUUAUGAUCUACGAUUUACGCAUGGUCGACGCAAUUAACGAUCUGUGGGACUGGAAGUGCCCGACCGAGAACCAACUGCAAUGUCUUCCCGACGUUGAUCACGUGACUGGGUUCAGCUUGAUCAAAAUUCCCGAGGGUGGUGUAACACUGGAAGGAUUGAACAACAACAUAACUGUAGCUUUGCUGUUCAUCUACCAUUGGCUGACCGGAAGCGGAGUGUUCUAUUUGAACGGAGCCGUUGAAGAUUCUGCGACAGCGGAGAUAUCUCGCUCGCAAAUCUGGCAGUGGAUUCGACACAAAGCACCGAUCGAGGGUAAAUCUGAUCUAUACGUUACAAGGGCGAUGGUUUAUACAAUGCUGGAAGGGAUAAUUGCCAAAGCGUACAAAAGUUGGUGCAAUUCGAUACCGGACCGGAAGCGUUUGCUUUCUUCCAAAUAUAUCCUGUUGGAGAUUAUUUCAUCGCGUAGCUAUAUCGAGUAUAUUACGACCUACUUGAGUGACAGUCAUAAAUUCCGAACGCUACACAACAAAAACGAUGGACUAGAAUCCAAAUUGUAAUACAAAAAUUGCAAGUAUGGAUGGCUUAACUAUUUGCUCAUUCAAGUAGGGUGGGGCGGGGCAAGAUGGGUCGCGGGGCAAGAUGGGUCAGUGCCAUUUUCGGGCGCAUUACUCAUGUUUUGAUUAUGUUAAUAAUUUUGUUAGAUGACCAGCAUGAAUAUACAAAAGUUUGGGGCAUUGAUUGAAAAAUUAUUCACUCUCAUUGGAAAUACAAAAUAAAAUGGUUUUUUGCCAUUUUUCUUAUGCGAUACAUUCCAUAUAUCUAUAUAUAUAAAAAUGCAGUGGCAUACGUGGGACCGCGCAUAACUUGCGAACGGAUGGUCCAAUUUGGGUUGUCUAAGUUUUGAUCUGUUAAUUUUCACCCAAGGAAGGUUUAUGAGACGAAAAACAUGGGAAAAUUGAGAGUUUUUGAACAUCGUUGUUUCAUACAUUUUGAACGGGGACUUGGGCUUGGCUAGGUACUUGAAACGUCAAAAAACGCAGUAGGCAAGACAAAGUUUGCCGGGGACAGCUAGUUCUCCAUAUAAACGGCCGCGGGGCAAGAUGGGUCACCUUCGUAUUUUUGGAGCAUUCAAAAGUUAUUUAUUUUUUGUUACAAGACUAUCUCAUAAAUGACUUCAAUCAAGCGGAAUAAACGCUCAAAAUUAUAACAUAAAAUUAUGAUAAUUUUUUAGUAAAAACAUCGAUUUUCAAGUCGCCUCAGGACCACUCAAAUCGUAAAGUUUUUUUAUAUUCCAAAUAAAUUUAUAAAAUGUUUACUAGUAGCUCUUGUUUACUCAGUAUGGAUAUGGAGCAUGUUUGAAUGCGGAACAAAUCUUAUAUUUUGACGUUUUUCGUUGAGAAAAUGUCAAUUACUUAAAAGGUGACCCAUCUUGCCCCGCACUUUUUUCACGGCACAAAAUCGAUCACUUUUUAAAACUGCUUGUUUAACAUCAUAUUUUGUAUUUAAUGAACUUUUUAUCGACUUUUAGCAUAGCUAACUAGUGUAUUAAAGAGUAGCGAACGAAUGCAAACCAAUCCGAUUUGUAUUUACGAAGUUAUGAUGAUCCAUCCUUAUGCGACCCAUCUUGCCCCGCCCCACCCUACCUAUGUAUGGUAUGUUUAAAAAAAAUGUUCGAAAUUGUGUACAGAAGAUGAAUUUAGUUGUUGAAUAAAAUUAAGGUACAAAUAGAGUUUGGAAAAACAUAUUUUUCAUAUUACCGGUUUAGAGUUUCUACAAAUAUUUGUUUUUGUUAUAUUUAGGUAGAUGGUUGAAAUAAAAUAUUCUGUUAUUGAGAUUGCCUCAAUACCACUGAU